AGAUAGAUAAAUCCCAUGGGAGAAAACACAACCACUAAUAAUAAGACUACUAAAAAUAGCACCAACACAACUACCAACAAAAACAAAGAUGGUAGUUCAACUUCAAAGUUUGUGGACAAGAGCAAGAGCAACAAAAAGGAAGAACAGCAAGAGAUAACAGAAGGGAAUACUAGUGAUAUGGGUGUGGCUACUGAUAUAAGGAAGAACUUUGGAGCCAUAAAGGAGAGGGUAUUGGAGAAACUAGCUGCAGCUUCUGUCCCAGCUGAUGCUUUGGAUAACGCGAGACACUUCUUGGAGGGUGUGGUUAGAGAUGUGACUGUGGCAGCUCAAGGUCUCACCAAGGAUGCCUUGCAUCGUAUUAAGACACGUCUUGUUGAUAUCAUGCCUUCCCUCUCUCCAGCCAUCACCAGAAAGAUGGUAGAUGAUGCAGAGAAGGAAGCUAAUGGAGAUCAGACAGAGUCUGCAAGUGAAGAGGAUGGAGCUCAUGAUCAACCACCACAUAAUGGCAAGGCCCCAUAUAUGUCCCCAGCUUCCUCUCUGUUUGCUUCUCUGGUUAAUAAACCAUUUUCAAGGCUUUGAUGAGAAUUUGAAUAGCCCCACCCCAACUAUUUUGUUUUCCUAUCUUUUCUUAAUUAGUUCAAAUAUGAGGUAUAUAUAACAUAUACAGUCAAAUAACGGAACAAGAAAAAAGGAGAACUGUUCAAGUUGAUAAAGUUCCAAAGGAUGAGAUUGAGGUGCCAGAUGAGGAGCAGCUUUUCUUUCAAACCUUCUUUUAGGUUGUAACAAGAAUAAUGGAAAAUGUUUGUUUUCAUGAAUGUGUUUUUUCUCUCUCUUUCUUUGAUUUUCUAUGUGUUAAUAAAAGUCUUAAAUGAUGUUGAACUUGA